GACACCAAGACGGGGGGCCGUCCCAGCAUGCCGCGGUGUCGGAACUCGGUUGCCACGACAGCGGAGGAGACUCCUCACAUUGGUAACUACCGGUUACUAAAGACCAUCGGCAAGGGCAACUUCGCUAAGGUCAAGCUGGCACGCCAUGUCCUCACCGGGACAGAGGUAACACACACACAUUUUUGUCAGGAACUGCUUGCUGUCUUGUUGCAUCAUGUCCUGUGUAGCCUCCGCUUGGACUUCGGCUGCAUCUCAAUAGUCUAAACAUACUUUUUUCCCCUCUUGAAGGAGACGAGGAGAGGAAGUCUCUAGACUAUUGAGAUGCAGCCCUGCUGUCUCCUUAGUUGAGUUGAAGUUAUGAAGUUGUCUGAACUGAAGUUGGUGUUCCGUUGAAACUUGGAACACUCAACAUUCUGUCCCUCUCCUCACUGUGUUCCACCAGGCAGGUACAGUGUUCAGUAUUCCGACUGUUUCUGACUGUCUGUCUGCAGUCUCUGUGCUGUCCAGCUCUUUUAGGUUUCUGUAGUGUGACACACAGACCAAAUAGACAGUGUGGGAGACCGUUUGUGUGCAGUCGGGGUUCUGUUCUGUGUACCUCUUCUAGAAUUGCAUAUGCUCAGACAGGCAGAAAGAGGAAGACGGACUGGCAGACAGACAGGCACGCAGGCAGACACAGGCCAGUGUGUGUAGUUAAGGUUUGCUGAUGGUUGUGUGUUUGUGCUAGGGUUGCUGGCUAUGUCAAUGUGUGACUUCUCUAUGAUACUGAUAACACUCCAUGUGAAAGUGGCAGACAGAGAGAAAUAAUGAAGGGGAGAGAGGGAGAGACUAAGGGAGGGUGAGAGAGGGAGUGAGGAAGAGGGAAAGUAAAGAGCAAGAAAUGGAGCGCAAGGAGAGAGGGAUAGAAAGAGUGGGAGUAUGAGUGAUAGAAUAGAGACAUUAGAGAGAAGAGAGCGAGCCACUGAAAGGAAAAAGUGGUAGACUUGCUCUCUCUGUCUCUGUCUGUGUGUGUAGGAUUAAGAACCUGAGACCUCAUUAUAACACAAAUAUAAGCCAUUACUUGUGUUAGUGUACACGUGUGAAACGCUGCACUUCACUCUGCUACGCAAUGCUAGCCUGCUGUGGUUUCUGUAUAGGCCUCUUUAUUACUCUGUGUGUGUGUGUGCUGACUCUAAGUCUAAUGUACAGUAUAUGAUUUUCAGGUGGCUGUGAAGAUUAUUGAUAAGACCCAACUCAACUCUUCCAGUCUGCAGAAGGUGGGUCGACGAAUACACACACACACAAAUACACUUCACACAGACACACACACACACAUCAUCCUUUUUCUCUUUUCAAUUCCUGUCUUUCAUCUCCCAUGUGCUUUUCUCUCCUAUUUAAUUUUUUUCUCUUUCUCUUCACUCUCUCUCUCGCUCUCUCUCUCUUCCUCACUCCCUCUCUCUCUUUCUCUCUAUCCUUCCAUCUCUCUCUGUAUGAAGUGGUCUAGAGCUCAUUGAGACCUAAUUACAGGAAACCAGCCUCACACAAACACAGUCCUGACUCUAUCUUCUCUGUCCCCCUCAGCUCUUCCGGGAAGUGAGAAUCAUGAAGCUGUUGAAUCAUCCUAACAUAGGUGAGUUGACUCAUGAAUCAUUUGUCAUCCUGUCACAGACAUUUGAAGUGAACCAACUCUCAACACACUGCUAUGCUAUUACAUAGAUGAUGUAGUGGGCAGUAAUACUGUAUUUGACAUGUGUAUAUACAGUAUAUAUUAUGUUAUAAAUACCUCACAUGUGACUCGUAAUAAGACUAAGCAAUUAGCCUAUUAAAAUGUUUCUGACUCCAUAAAGAUAAUUAAAAUAUACACACAAGCAUUAGGAAAUGAGUUGACACUGACUAGCAUGAAUUGGUCUGAUAAUUGUCUAUAUCAAAGGCAGAUUGCUUCUUCCAAUUAUUGAUAAACAUGCACCUGUUAAGAAACUGACUGUUAGAACUGUUAAGGCUCCAUGGAUUGAUGAGGCAUUGAAAAACUGUAUGCUUGAAAGAGAUGGGGCAAAAGGAGUGGCUAAUAAGCCUGACUUACUGCAAAUUGAGAAAUUAUGUGACUAAACUCAACAAAAAGAAGAAGAAACUGUAUUAUGAAGCCAAGAUCAAUGAUAUAAAGAAUGAUGGAAAAAACGUUGGGGUACUUUAAUUGAAAUUAUGGGCAGAAAGACAAAUUCAACUCCAUCUUUCAUUGAAUCAGGUGGCUUAUUCAUCACAAAACCAUUUGAUGUUGCCAAUUAUUUUAAUGAUUACUUCAUUGGCAAAGUGGGCAAACUUAGGCAGGAAAUGCCAACAACGAACAGUGAGCCAUCGUAUUCAUGCAUAAAAAAAACAAAUAAUGAAAGGAAAGCAUUGCAAGUUUGAAUUUUGUUAAGUUGGUGUAGGAGAGGUUGAAAAAUUAUUGUUAUUGAUCAAUAAUGACAAACCUCAUGGCAUUGACAACUUAGAUGGAAAGCUACUGAGGAUGGUAGCUGACUCUAUAGCCACUCCUAUGUGUCAUAUCUCCUAUCUAUUUCUCUGUAAACAAAUUAACAACAGACUUUCAGCAUGCUUAUAGAGAAGGGCACUCAACAUGUACUGCGCUGACACAAAUGACUGAUGAUUGGAAAGAAAUUGAAAAUAAGAAGAUUGUGGGAGCUGUACUGUUAGAUUUCAGUGCAGCCUUUGAUAUUAUUGACCAUAAUCUGUUGUUGAGAAAACGUAUGUGUUAUGGCUUUUCAACCUCUGCCAUAUUGUGGAUUCAGAGCUAUCUAUCUAAUAGAACUCAACGUUUUUUUUAAAUGGAAGCUUCUCUAAUGUCAAACAUGUAAAGUGUGGUGUACCGCAGGGCAGCUCUCUAGGCCCUCUACUUUUUUCUAUUUUUACCAAUGACCUGUCACUGGCAUUAAACAAAGUAUGUGUGUCCAUUUAUGCUAAUGAUUCAACCAUAUACGCAUCAGCAACCACAGCUAAUGAAGUAAUUGAAACCCUUAACAAAGAGUUGCAGUCUGUUUUGGAAUGGGUGGCCAGUAAUAAACUGGUCCUGAACAUAUCUAAAGCUAAGAGCAUUGUAUUUGGUACAAAUCAUACCCUAAGUUCUAGACCUCAGCUGAAUCUGGUAAUGAAUGGUGUGGCUGUUGAACAAGUUGAGAAGACUAAAUUACUUGGUGUUACCUUAGAUUGUAAACUGUCAUGAUUCAAUGGUUGUAAAGAUGGGGAAAGGUCUGUCCGUAAUAAAGAGAUGCUCUGCUUUUUUGACACCACACUCCAAAAAGUAAGUUCUGCAGGCUCUAGUUUUGUCUUGUCUUGAUUAUUGGCCAGUCGUGUGGUAUAGUGCUGCAAGGAAAGACCUAGUUAAGCCACAGCUGGCCCAGAACAGAGCGGCACCUCUUGCUCUUCAUUGUAAUCAGAGGGCUGAUAUAAAUACUAUGCAUGCCAGUUGAGGAGAGACUGACUGUGUCACUUCUUAUUUUUACAAGAAACAUUAAUGUGUUACACACAGCUCUGACACACACACUUACCCCACCAGACACGCCACCAGGGGUCUUUAGUCAGCCACCAAUUGUGCAAGUUCUCCCACUUAAAAAGAUGAGAGAGGCCUGUCAUUUUCAUCAUAGGUACACGUCAACUAUGACAGACAAAAUGAGAAAGAAAAUUCCAGAUAUUCACAUUGUAGGAUUUUUAAUGCAUUUAUUUGCAAAUUAUGGUGGAAAAUAAGUAUUUGGUCAAUAACAAAAGUUUCUCAAUACUUUGAUAUAUACCCUUUGUUGGCAAUGACACAGGUCAAACGUUUUCUGUAAGUCUUCACAAGGUUUUCACACACUAUUGCUGGUAUUUUGGCUCAUUCCUCCAUGCAGAUCUCCUCUAGAGCAGUGAUGUUUUGGGGCUGUCGCUGGGCAACACAGACUUUCAACUCCCUCCAAAGAUUUUCUAUGGGGUUGAGAUCUGGACUGGCUAGGCCACUCCAGGACCUUGAAAUGCUUCUUACGAAGCCACUCCUUCGUUGUCCGGGCAGUGUGUUUGGGAUCAUUGUCAUGCUGAAAGACCCAACCACGUUUCAUCUUCAAUGCCCUUGCUGAUGGAAGGAGGUUUUCACUCAAAAUCUCACGAUACAUGGCCCCAUUCAUUCUUUCCUUUACACGGAUCAGUCGUCCUGGUCCCUUUGCAGAAAAACAGCCCCAAAGCAUGAUGUUUCCACCCCCAUGCUUCACAGUAGGUAUGGUGUUCUUUGGAUGCAACUCAGCAUUCUUUGUCCUCCAAACACGACGAGUUGAGUUUUUACCAAAAAGUUAUAUUUUGGUUUCAUCUGACCAUAUGACAUUCUCCCAAUCCUCUUCUGGAUCAUCCAAAUGCACUCUAGCAAACUUCAGACGGGCCUGGACAUGUACUGGCUUAAGCAGGGGGACACGUCUGGCACUGCAGGAUUUGAGUCCCUGGCGGCGUAGUGUGUUACUGAUGGUAGGCUUUGUUACUUUGGUCCCAGCUCUCUGCAGGUCAUUCACUAGGUCCCCCCGUGUGGUUCUGGGAUUUUUGCUCACCGUUCUUGUGAUCAUUUUGACCCCACGGGGUGAGAUCUUGCGUGGAGCCCCAGAUCGAGGGAGAUUAUCAGUGGUCUUGUAUGUCUUCCAUUUCCUAAUAAUUGCUCCCACAGUUGAUUUCUUCAAACCAAGCUGCUUACCUAUUGCAGAUACAGUCUUCCCAGCCUGGUGCAGGUCUACAAUUUUGUUUCUGGUAUCCUUUGACAGCUCUUUGGUCUUGGCCAUAGUGGAGUUUGGAGUGUGACUGUUUGAGGUUGUGGACAGGUGUCUUUUAUACUGAUAACAAGUUUAAACAGGUGCCAUUAAUACAGGUAACGAGUGGAGGACAGAGGAGCCUCUUAAAGAAGAAGUUACAGGUCUGUGAGAGCCAGAAAUCUUGCUUGUUUGUAGGUGACCAAAUACUUAUUUUCCACCAUAAUUUGCAAAUAAAUUCAUAAAAAAUCCUACAAUGUGAUUUUCUGGAUUUUUUUUCUCAAAAUAUGUCUGUCAUAGUUGACGUGUACCUAUGAUGAAAAUUACAGGCCUCUCUCAUCUUUUUAAGUGGGAGAACUUGCACAAUUGGUGGCUGACUAAAUACUUUUUUUCCCCAAUGUAUAUAGAGCCAUUAUUGCAUGGAACUCUGUUCCAUCUCAUAUUGCUCAAAUGAACAGCAAACCUGGUUUAAAAAAAAAACAGAUAAAGCAACACCUCACGGGAACAACGCCUCUCCCUUAUUCGACCUAUAUAGUUUGUGUGUAUGUAUUGAUAUGUAGGCUACGUGUGCCUUUUUAAAAUGUUUUAUGUAGUGCUGUUCUUGUCUAUUAAUGUUCUGUAUUAUGUUAGGAAGUGUAGCUGCUGCUUUAGCAACAGCUAAUGGGGUUCCUAAUAAAAUACAAAAUAUCAGAUAUUUAAUUAACAUUACACAAUGAAUGGAUUCACAUACUAGGCAUAACGCUUAAGUUACAAGGAUUAACAAGCAUUACAAAGCAUACUUCAUAUAGAUAUAGAUCCUAAGGUUAACUUAGAAGACAAAUCAUGAACAAAGAGAUGCUUUCUAGGCCAGAGGCCUAGAGGCCUAGAAUCCUAGGAAAUGAGAAUUGAUUAUACAACCUUCCUCCAUGGACUGGAUACAGGAUAAGAGAGAGAACAAAGGCAUUUAAUUCCAUUUAUAACAUCUGAAGGUGUAACCUUUCAACCCAAAACCAACCACUGUUGACCAAUCAAACGAUACCAAGUUUACAGUAACCUAAACACUCUCAGGCCCAAUCUCCACAGGGUGUCACAGAAUUGAACGGCUUGUGUCGGGGACCAAUGUAAAUAAGACAGAAUUCCUGAGAGGACCAUGAAGCCGUUUUGCAUAUAGUAAUUCAGAGUUCACCCUAUACAGAUACAAAUAAACACAGAGAUCAUACAUACAGUGCAUUUGGAAAGUAUUCAGACCCCUUGACUUUUUCCACAUUUUGUUACGUUACAGCCUUAUUCUAUAAUGGAUUAAAAUUGUUUUUCCCCCCUCAACAAUCUACACACAAUACCCCAUAAUGACAAAGCAAGCAAAAACUGGUUUUUAUAAUAUUUUGCAAAUAUAUAAAAAAUAAACAACUGAAAUAUCACAUUUACAUAAUUAUUCAGACCCUUUACUCAGUGCUUUGUUGAAGCACCUUUGGCAGCGAUUAUAGCCUCGAGUCUUCUUGGAUAUGACGCUACAAGCUUGGCACACCUGUAUUUGGGGAGUUUCUCCCAUUCUUCUCUGCAGAUCCUCUCAAGCUCUGUCAGGUUGGAUGGGGAGCGUCACUGCACAGCUAUAUUCAGGUCUCUCCAGAGAUGUUCGAUCGGGUUCAUGUCCAGGUUCUGGGUGGGCCACUCAAGGACAAACAGAGACUUGUCCCGAAGCCAGUCAUGCGUUGUCUUGGCUGUGUGCUUAGGGUCAUUAUCCUGUUGGAAGGUGAACCUUCGCCCCAGUCUGAGGUCCUGAGCGCUCUGGAGCAAGUUUUUAUUAAGGAUCUCUCUGUACUUUGCUCCGUUCAUCUUUCCCUCGAUCCUAACUAGUCUCCCUGUCCCUGCCACUGAAAAACAUCCCCACAGCAUGAUGCUGCAAUCUUCAUGCUUCACCGUAGGGAUGGUGCCAGGUUUCCUCCAGAUGUGACGCUUGGCAUUCUGGCCAAAGAGUUCAAUCUUGGUUUCAUCAGACCAGAGAAUCUUGUUUCUCAUGGUCUGAGUCCUUUAGGUGCCUUUUGGCAAACUUCAAGCGGGCUGUCAUGUGCCUUUUUACUGAGGAAUGGCUUCCAUCUGGCUGAUUGGUGGAGUGCUGCAGAGAUGGUUGUCCUUCUGGAAGGUUCUCCAAUCUCCACAGAGGAACUCUGAAGCUCUGUCAGAGUGACCAUCGGGUUCUUGGUCACCUACCUGACCAAGGCCCUUCUCCCCCGAUUGCUCAGUUUGGCCGGGCGGCCAGCUCUAGGAAGAGUCUUGGUGGUUCCAAACUUCUUCCAUUUCAGAAUGAUGGAGGGCACUGUGUUCCUGGGGACCUUCAAUGCUGCAGAAAUGUUUUGGUACCCAUCACCAGAUCUGUGCCUCGACACAAUCCUGUCUCGGAGCUCUACGGACAAUUCCUUCGACCUCAUGGCUUGGUUUUUGGUCUGACAUGCACUGUCAACUGUGGGACCUUUAUAUAGACGGGUGUGUGUGCCUUUCCAAAUCUUGUCCAAUGAAUUGAAUUUACUACAGGUGUGCUCCAAUCAAGUUGUAGAAACAGCUCAAGGAUGAUCAAUGGAAACAGGAUUCCCCUGAGCUCAAUUUUGAGUCUCAUAGCAAAGGGUCUGAAUACUUAUGUAAAUAUGAUAUUUCCCAAAAAACUAUUUGAUAAAUUUGCAAAAAAAUCUGAACAUGUUUUGGCUUUGUCAUUAUGGGGUAUUGUGUGUAGAUUGAUGAGGGGGGGAAAACAAUUUAAUCCAUUUUAGAAUAAGGCUUAAACGUAACAACAUUUUGAAAAGGUCAAGGGGUAUGAAUACUUUCUGAAUGCACUGUACAAAUAGCAUCAGCGUUAUCCUCAGUGAACACGUUUCAGAUAGAUUAUUCUAUCUCAUUCCACUGGAUACUAUAGCAGAGAUACAUUUUAGGGGGAAGGGCUGACUGGUCCUUUGGCAUUGUCCUUUGUUCCUGGACCAUUUGCCAUGCAACUCCAGUUGUCAGAGAGCACAUAAAUUAGGGCCGAACCUACAAUGACAAUCUAAAUAUUUCCCCCCUCCCCCCCAACAGUGAAGUUAUUUGAGGUGAUAGAGACGGAGAAGACAUUGUAUCUGGUCAUGGAGUAUGCCAGUGGAGGUGAGUGUGUGCACCCGUCAAAUACUUCCCACUGAGGUGUGUGUGCAAAAGACAAAUCAUUCCCCCUGGGUUAUGUGUUUGCGACAGUCAAAUCAUCCCCCCUGGAGUUAUGUGUGUGCGACAGUCAAAUACGUCCCCCUGAGUUUUGUGUGCUUCAGUCAAAUCAUCCCCCUUCGUAAGCCUAGUGAUGUAAAGAACUGCCACGUGUGUGUCAAUGUUUCUCUUUUCCAUUCAUCACUUUAUCCAUCCCUUCAUUUCUCUCCUCCAUCCAUUCACCCCCCCCAUUUCUCUCCUCCAUCCAUUCAUCCCCCCAUUUCUUUCCUCCAUCCAUCCCUCCAUUUCUCUCCAUCCAUCCCUCCAUUUCUCUCUUGAUCCAUCCCUCUAUUUCUCUCCUGAUCCAUCCCUCCAUUUCUCUCCAUCCAUCCCUCCAUUUCUCUCUUGAUCCAUCCCUCUAUUUCUCUCCUGAUCCAUCCCUCCAUUUCUCUCCUCUCAUCCCUCGCUCCUCUCCUCCUUCCUCCAGGGGAGGUGUUUGAUUACCUGGUCGCUCAUGGGAGGAUGAAAGAAAAGGAGGCACGUGCCAAAUUCAGACAGGUGAGGAGUGUGUGCGCGCUCGCGCUUUUCUAGAAAGAUUUAAUUAGAAAGAUUGUGUUUAUUUGCUGACGUGUUAAUAAGAUCUCUCUUCCCUUUUCUCUCGCUCCAUUUUUCUCCACCUCCUCCCCCCCCCCCUCUCUCUCUCUGCUCCUCUCCUCUCCCUCUCUCUCUGCUCCUCUCCUCUCCCUCUCUCUCUCUCUCUGCUCCUCUCCCUGUGUAGAUUGUGUCAGCGGUCCAGUACUGUCACCAGAAGUGUAUUGUCCACAGAGAUCUAAAGGUGAGAUGCAACGCAAAACAACUUAACUCAAUACAGCACAAAACAAGCCUUUUAUUUCAACCUUGUCUGUUCUUAUAGUCAUCACUCAUCAUUGGCUCAGAGAGCUGUCAGUCUGACAAAGUCCCUCCUCUAUGAACAUGUCCCUCAUUGGCCCAGACACCUGUCAGUCACCCAGCUGACCUCAAUGUUAAUCACAUGAUCACACACACACUGCAUUAUUUCACUGUGACUCUAAACCUAAAGUUCCACUAAGUAAAGAAAGCAAAUUUGUAGCUACUAGCCAAGACUGUAACAGGCUAAUAAUGCUAUGACCUGAAGAGAUUUAACUAUGAUCCACCCUUCGGUCCUUCCAGUGAAUGACCCAUUGGACACCACUGCAUGUAUAGCAUUCCUCCUUGCUAUAUUGAGUCCUUGUUCAAUCUCGUUGUGCGCAUGCGCCCAUAUCACGAGUGCACGUGUGUGUUUUCAGAGUUCACUGUUGUCAGAUGAUGUCAUUGUGUUCUAUUUCACACUGCACAGAGCGGAGAGUGUUUGCUCCAGAGCACCUACCUGUUGCUAGCCAACAAAGCCUCCUCUGCUCCUCGCUCGGCCACAUAUAGAGUUAAAACGCUCAGAAGCCUGUGUGUGUGUUGGCAACUAGCCUGAGCGCCAGUCUGUUUGACAUGAUAAUGAGUGACAAGGAGUUGUCAUGCUAGUACAAACAUGUUUGGCUUGAGAAUGACAGCAAUGGAGAGUUGGCAAAAGCACAAACAGAUCUGGGACCAGGCUGACAACUUGUCUGCUCUCUAUUUGACUAAGAAUGUUUGAACUCUCUCUUCCUUUUUGAAAAUGGCAGACACAAACUUUGCAGAGUGAACGAGAGAAUAGAAAGGUUACAGGGUCCAUCUCUCUCUCCAUCCCUCCCCCCUCAGGCUGAGAACCUACUCCUGGACGCUGACAUGAACAUCAAGAUUGCAGACUUUGGCUUUAGUAAUGAGUUUGUAAUGGGCAGUAAGCUGGACACGUUCUGCGGUUCCCCUCCCUACGCCGCUCCAGAGCUGUUCCAGGGGAAGAAGUACGACGGACCAGAGGUGGAUGUCUGGAGUCUGGGGGUUAUACUGUAUACACUGGUUUCAGGGUCGCUGCCCUUCGAUGGACAGAACCUCAAGGUGUGUGUGUGUGUGUGUGUGUGUGUGUGUGUGUGUGUGUGUGUGUGUGUGUGUGUGUGUGUACAGUGAGGGAAAAAAGUAUUUGAUCCCCUGCUGAUUUUGUACGUUUGCCCACUGACAAAGACAUGAUCAGUCUAUAAUUUUAAUGGUAGGUUUAUUUGAACAGUGAGAGACAGAAUAACAACAAAAAAAUCCAGAAAAACACAUGUAAUUUUUUUUAUAAAUUGAUUUGCAUUUUAAUGAGGGAAAUAAGUACAGUGGGGAGAACAAGUAUUUGAUACACUGCCGAUUUUGCAGGUUUUCCUACUUACAAAGCAUGUAGAGGUCUGUAAUUUUUAUCAUAGGUACACUUCAACUGUGAGAGACGGAAUCUAAAAUAAAAAUCCAGAAAACCACAUUGUAUGAUUUUUAAGUAAAUAAUUUGCAUUUUAUUGCAUGACAUAAGUAUUUGCUACAUCAGAAAAGCAGAACUUAAUAUUUGGUACAGAAACCUUUGUUUGCAAUUACAGAGAUCAUGUCACGCUCUGGCUCCGGGACUGUGUAUUUUGAGCCAGGGUGUGUUCAUUUGGUUGUGUUUGGUAUUGGUUGUGUUGUAUUUGGUUGUGUUUCCUUGUUUGGUCGUGUGACUCCCAAUCAGUGGUAACGAGUGUCAGCUGUCGGCUCGUUAUCUCUGAUUGGGAGCCAUAUUUAAACUGUCAGUGUUCACCUUAGUGUUGUGGGUUUUUGUUCCGUAUCAGUCAUUGUAACUGAGGACUUCACGAUUCGUCAUUGUUUGUUGUUUUGUAUUGAGUACUUUAAUUUAAUAAAGUCAUGUUCGUAUCGCACGCUGCGCCUUGGUCCACUCACUUAGUAGACGUUCGUGACAGAAAAACCCACCGUACCAGGACCAAGCAGCGUGUCCAGGAGCCAAGGGUCUGGACAUGGGAGGAGAUUUUGGAUGGUAAAGGGUCUUGGACUUGGGAGGAAAUCCUGGAUGGGAUGGAUCGCCGGCCAUGGAGUAAAACAGUGGAGAGGCGACUGAGAGAGGAGCAACGGCGUCAGCAGGGCCAUCGUUGGAAGGACGAGAGGCAACCCCAAAAAGUUUUUUGGGGGGGGCACAUGGCUUGGGCGGCUGGGCAGCAGGAGGCUGCCACAGGGAGACGUGGAGAGAAGGCUACCGGAUUACGGGAGCCAUUGGCGAGUAGAGGGAGGGAAGUAGUUGAGGCACGGCGUGAGAGACUGAGGUGUGUUACCAGUCCGGUCCGGCCCGUUCCUGAUCCCCGGUUAAGGCCAGUGGUGUGUGUUCCCAGUACGGACCGGCCUGUUCCUACUCCACGCUCCAAGCCCACGGUGUGCGUCGCCAGUCCAGCCCGGCCGGUUCCUGUUCCACGCACUAAGCCUGCGGUGUGCGUCGCCAGCCCUGCCCGGCCGGUUCCUGCUCCACGCACUAGGUUUACGGUGUGCGUCGCCAGUCCAGCCCGGCCGGUUCCUGUUCCACGCACUAAGCCUGCGGUGUGCGUCGCCAGCCCUGCCCGGCCGGUUCCUGCUCCACGCACAAAGCCUACGGUGUGCGUCGCCAGCCCAGCCCGGCCUGUCCCUGCUCCACGCACAAAGCCUACGGUGUGCGUCGCCAGCCCAGCCCGGCCUGUUCCUGCUCCACGCACAAAGCCUACGGUGUGCGUCGCCAGCCCGACCCGGCCUGUUCCUGCUCCACGCACAAAGCCUACGGUGUGCGUCGCCAGCCCAGCCCGGCCUGUUCCUGCUCCACGCACAAAGCCUACGGUGUGCGUCGCCAGCCCAGCCCGGCCUGUCCCUGCUCCACGCACAAAGCCUACGGUGUGCGUCGCCAGCCCAGCCCGGCCUGUUCAUGCUCCACGCACCAGGCCCACGGUGUGCGUCGUCAGCCCAGCCCGGCCGGUUCCUGUUCCACGCACUAAGCCUGUGGGGUGCGUCGCCAGCCCUGCCCGGCCGGUUCCUGCUCCACGCACAAAGCCUACGGUGUGCGUCGCCAGCCCAGCCCGGCCUGUCCCUGCUCCACGCACAAAGCCUACGGUGUGCGUCGCCAGCCCAGCCCGGCCUGUUCCUGCUCCACGCACAAAGCCUACGGUGUGCGUCGCCAGCCCGACCCGGCCUGUUCCUGCUCCACGCACAAAGCCUACGGUGUGCGUCGCCAGCCCAGCCCGGCCUGUUCCUGCUCCACGCACAAAGCCUACGGUGUGCGUCGCCAGCCCAGCCCGGCCUGUCCCUGCUCCACGCACAAAGCCUACGGUGUGCGUCGCCAGCCCAGCCCGGCCUGUUCAUGCUCCACGCACCAGGCCCACGGUGUGCGUCGUCAGCCCAGCUCGUCCUGUCCCUGCUUCACGCACCAGGCCCACGGUGUGCGUCGUCAGCCCAGCCCAGCCGGUCCCUGCUCCACGCACCAGGCCCACGGUGUGCGUCGUCAGCCCAGCUCGGCCUGUCCCUGCUCCACGCACCAGGCCCACGGUGUGCGUCGUCAGCCCAGCCCAGCCGGUCCCUGCUCCACGCACCAGGUCCACGGUGUGCGUCGCCGGCCCAACCCGGCCUGUUCCUGCCACUCGCACCAAGCCAAGGGUGCGAGUCGUCAGCCGGAUUCAGCCUGUUCCUGCCACUCGCACCAAGUCAAGGGUGCGAGUCGUCAGCCGGAUUCAGCCCAUUCCUGCUACUCGCACCAAGCCAAGGGUGCGAGUCGUCAGCCGGAUUCAGCCCAUUCCUGCUACUCGCACCAAGCCAGGGAUGCGAGUCUUCAGCCUGGUGAGGCUUGUUCCGGCUCCACGCACCAUGCAAAGGGUGCGUAUCGUCUGCCAGGUCCGGUCCAUUCCUGCCUCACGCGCCAAGCCAGGGGUGCGCGUCGGCAGUCCUGAUCCAGCUAACUGGGUCAGAUCGGACUGGGGGCACUACGGGGGGAUUGUAGUAGGGUGGUGGUCAAGCCCGGAGCCGGAGCCGCCUCCGAGGAGCAACACCCACCCAGCCCUCCCCUAUUUGGGGUGUAGGCGCGGUCGGAGUCCGCGCCUUUAGGGGGGGGUACUGUCACGCUCUGGCUCCGGGACUGUGUAUUUUGAGCCAGGGUGUGUUCAUUUGGUUGUGUUUGGUAUUGGUUGUGUUGUAUUUGGUUGUGUUUCCUUGUUUGGUCGUGUGACUCCCAAUCAGUGGUAACGAGUGUCAGCUGUCGGCUCGUUAUCUCUGAUUGGGAGCCAUAUUUAAACUGUCAGUGUUCACCUUAGUGUUGUGGGUUUUUGUUCCGUAUCAGUCAUUGUAACUGAGGACUUCAGGAUUCGUCAUUGUUUGUUGUUUUGUAUUGAGUACUUUAAUUUAAUAAAGUCAUGUUCGUAUCGCACGCUGCGCCUUGGUCCACUCACUUAGUAGACGUUCGUGACAGAUCAUACGUUUCCUGUAGGUCUUGACCAGGUUUGCACACACUGCAGCAGGGAUUUUGGCCCACUCCUCCAUACAGACCUUCUCCAGAUCUUUCAAGUUUCGGGGCUGUCGCUGGGCAAUACGGACUUUCAGCUCCCGCCAAAGACUUUCUAUUGGGUUCAAGUCUGGAGACUGGCUAGGCCACUCCAGGACCUUGAGAUGCUUCUUACAAAGCCACUCCUUAGUUGCCCUGGCUGUGUGUUUCGGGUCGUUGUCAUGCUGGAAGACCCAGCCACGAUCCAUCUUCAAUGCUCUUACUGAGGGAAGGAGGUUGUUGGCCAAGAUCUCGCGAUACAUGGCCCCAUCCAUCCUCCCCUCAAUACGGUGCAGUCGUCCUGUCCCCUUUGCAGAAAAGCAUCCCCAAAGAAUGAUGUUUCCACCUCCAUGCUUCACGGUUGGGAUGGUGUUCUUGGGGUUGUACUCAUCCUUCUUCUUCCUCCAAACACGGCGAGUGGAGUUUAGACCAAAAAGCUCUAUUUUUGUCUCAUCAGACCACAUGACCUUCUCCCAUUCCUCCUCUGGAUCAUCCAGAUGGUCAUUGGCAAACUUCAGACGGGCCUGGACAUGCGCUGGCUUGAGCAGGGGGACCUUGCGUGCGCUGCAGGAUUUUAAUCCAUGACGGCGUAGUGUGUUACUAAUGGUUUUCUUUGAGACUGUGGUCCCAGCUCUCUUCAGGUCAUUGACCAGGUCCUGCCGUGUAGUUCUGGGCUGAUCCCUCACCUUCCUCAUGAUCAUUGAUGCCCCACGAGGUGAGAUCUUGCAUGGAGCCCCAGACCGAGGGUGAUUGACCGUCAUCUUGAACUUCUUCCAUUUUCUAAUAAUUGCGCCAACAGUUGUUGCCUUCUCACCAAGCUGCUUGCCUAUUGUCCUGUAGCCCAUCCCAGCCUUGUCAGGUCUACAAUUUUAUCCCUGAUGUCCUUACACAGCUCUCUGGUCUUGGCCAUUGUGGAGAGGUUGGAGUCUGUUUGAUUGAGUGUGUGGACAGGUGUCUUUUAUACAGGUAACGAGUUCAAACAGGUGCAGUUAAUACAGGUAAUGAGUGGAGAACAGGAGGGCUUCUUAAAUAAAAACUAACAGUCUGUGAGAGCCGGAAUUCUUACUGGUUGGUAGGUGAUCAAAUACUUAUGUCAUGCAAUAAAAUGCAAAUGAAUUACUUAAAAAUCAUACAAUGUGAUUUUCUGGAUUUUUGUUUUAGAUUCCGUCUCUCACAGUUUAAGUGUACCUUUCGUCCCACUCCUCUUUGCAGAUCUUCUCCAAGUCAUUAAGGUUUCGAGGCUGACGUUUGGCAACUCAAACCUUCAGCUCCCUCCACAGAUUUUCUAUGGGAUUAAGGUCUGGAGACUGGCUAGGCCACUCCAGGACCUUAAUGUGCUUCUUCUUGAGCCACUCCUUUGUUGCUUUGGCCGUGUGUUUUGGGUCAUUGUCAUGCUGGAAUACCCAUCCACGACCCAUUUUCAAUGCCCUGGCUGAGGGAAGGAGGUUCUCAUCCAAGAUUUGACGGUACAUGGCCCCGUCCAUCGUCCCUUUGUUGCGGUGAAGUUGUCCUGUCCCCUUAGCAGAAAAACACCCCCAAAGCAUAAUGUUUCCACCUCUAUGUUUGACGGUGGGGAUGGUGUUCUUGGGGUCAUAGGCAGCAUUCCUCCUCCUCCAAACACGGUGAGUUGAGUUGAUGCCAAAGAGCUCGAUUUUGGUCUCAUCUGACCACAACACUUUCACCCAGUUCUCCACUGAAUCAUUCAGAUGUUCAUUGGCAAACUUCAGACGGGCCUGUAUAUGUGCUUUCUUGAGCAGGGGGACCUUGCGGGCGCUGCAGGAUUGCAGUCCUUCACGGCGUUGUGUGUUACCAAUUGUUUUCUUGGUGACUAUGGUCCCAGCUGCCUUGAGAUCAUUGACAAGAUCCUCCCGUGUAGUUCUGGGCUGAUUCCUCACCGUUCUCAUGAUCAUUGCAACUCCACGAGGUGAGAUCUUGCAUGGAGCCCCAGGCCGAGGGAGAUUGACAGUUAUUUUGUGUUUCUUCCAUUUGCGAAUAAUCGAACCAACUGUUGUCACCUUCUCACCAAGCUGCUUGGUGAUGGUCUUGUAGCCCAUUCCAGCCUUGUGUAGGUCUACAAUCUUGUCCCUGACAUCCUUGGAGAGCUCUUUGGUCUUGGCCAUGGUGGAGAGUGGAAUCUGAUUGAUUAAUUGCUUCUGUGGACAGGUGUCUUUUAUACAGGUAACAAACUGAGAUUAGGAACACUCCCUUUAAGAGUGUGCUCCUAAUCUCAGCUCGUUACCUGUAUAAAAGACACCUGGGAGCCAGAAAUCUUUCUGAUUGAGAGGGGGUCAAAUACUUAUUUCCCUCAUUAAAAUGCAAAUCAAUUUAUAACAUUUUUGACAUGCGUUUUUCUGGAUUUUUUUGUUGUUAUUCUGUCUCUCACUGUUCAAAUAAACCUACCAUUAAAAUUAUAGACUGACAUUUCUUUGACAGUGGGCAAACGUACAAAAUCAGCAGGGGAUCAAAUACUUUUUUCCCUCACUGUGUGUGUGUGUGUGUGUGUGUGUGUGUGUGUGUGUGUGUGUGUGCGUGAGAGAGAGGUAUGUGAGAACUUGAAAUUUGUAACUGUAUUCCGUUCCACAUGUCUACAGACGGACCCAUGACCUCUAACCCUUGACCUCUAACCCCUAACCUCCACUCUGUCUCCCCUAUAGGAGUUGAGAGAGCGUGUGUUAAGGGGGAAAUACCGUAUUCCGUUCUACAUGUCUACAGACUGUGAGAACCUACUGAAGAAGUUCCUGAUUCUCAACCCCACCAAGAGAGGCAGCCUGGAGGUCUGUGACCUUUAA